CAAGACUGACUUUCACGUUAGUGGCUCCCUCCUUUUGAGUGAGAGCGACUACAACUCUGGAGAUGUCUCGUCUAUGGAUCCUCUUGCUCCUGACUGCAACAUGGAGUAACAUCCCUGUGCUGUCUGCAAAAGUAGGCAAGAAAAAACAUCAACUGAAGAACAAGGGUGACCUUGUAAUGCCAAAGGAGGAUUCUGGAUCAGAUGGGGCUCGUGAUAGGGAAUCUGGCAUCCCAUCAGGGUCAGAAUUUUUGACUGAUUUUGCAGGGAAACAACGCCUGUGGGUAAUCACUGCACCAUCGCACAGUGACAACUAUCUUCGGAUGAUGGAGAAACAGAUUCAGGAUUCUGACGGACUGAAUUGUCGAUUAGCAGAGAGAGAUACCCUCAUUGUCACUAUUAUUCAGAACGCCAUGAUGGAGGGCAAAGUCCAGCGCACUACCUUGCAGGGAGAGGCCACUGUGGAACUCAUGGACUCUGAAAUGGUGACCAAACUUCUUCAUUACCUGGAGCUGGAAGACCAGAUCUUUUCCAUGCUGAUUGUAAAGAAGAACAUGAGGAUUAGCGAGAGAUUUCCUUACCCAGUUCGUGUUGAGGCCAUCCUUGAGGUCAUUGAUCAGCUGCCUGUGCGUAAGUUGGAAAAAGUUACAAGGAAGGGGUUACCCAUUAAAUGUAAGAUCACCAAAAAGAAGUUAGUGGUGAAGAAACAGGGUUCCACCAAAAAGAGGACCUUCAGUCCACAGAGGCAGGCAAAUAUCACAUCCAUCUUCCCCACAAAGAAGAAACCUCUGGACAAAAAGGCUACUCUGAGAAACAAAGUCCAGGAUAUCUUGAGUGGACGCUCACGUUUCAUUAUCCGUAAAACACCAGGUAGUUCAAGCCAUGGCAAACCAUCAACUAAAGCAGGUUCAAAAUCUGGAUCUAGUGGAAAUGAGAGGCUAAAGCAUGAUGGCCAAAGGAAAACUGCAGACAGUGAUAGAAAGCCAGAGACAGAAGUGAAAAAACAUGACUCCGCAUCUGCAGCAGAUAAAAUGCAUGCUAAUGCAAAUUCUCAUUUUGAUAUUGUCAAUAAGGAGUUGAAAGCAGAACAAACUGUUGACCAUUCAAGCUCCAAAAACAAAGGCAAAGGAAAGGAUGGCAAGAAGAAAAAGGGGAAAGGAGGGAGGAAGUCACAACGAGAAGCAGAUGAUAAAGAAAAGGCUGCUCUUAAAGACUUCAUGCAAAAACUCAAAGGGAGAAGAAGACUUCUUGUGAUAUCUUCUCAAAGUGAUGUCUCAAGUCAGUAUAUCAAACAGAGAGAGGAAAAUGAACUACACAGCUGUGACUUUUCCCUGAGAAAGGUCUCAGUGAUGUCCAUCUUUGGUUCAGAACGCAGCCCUACACUACACAUUCAACACUACCAACAAGAUGCUGAGCCUCUACAAACAUCCCUGCCAGACAAGUUCAGAAACCCUGAAUUAAUCAGCGAGAUUCGCAGAGAAUAUGGGCUUGAACCCAAAAACUUCUCAAUGGUGUUGACUGACUAUGACCUGAGGCCUAUUCUUAACAGGGUUUUCAACAAGCCAACAGCUCUUUCGGUUUUACUGGAUUACAUUGACAGCUUUCCUUCACGUCAGUCUGAAAAGGAGGAGGAGAAGAAAGCUCCAUCACCCUGCUCUCAAGCCCAAGCAAACAAUCGGGAGAACUCACUUAUGAGGUUUAUAUCAAAACGAAGACUUCUAAUUAUCUCAGCACCUACUGUAGAUGACUACUCAUUCCAUCAGCAGCUUCAAGCACUAAAUGGACAGGAGUGUCCGAUGGGUAUCCGUCAUUUUGCCUUGUUGAAACUUGUGGGUGUUGGACCAUCAUCUUCAGGAACAGUGGAGUUUUUUCCAUUGAAUGGGAAAAGUCAACCAGAGAAGGAGAUGCUUUCACAAGAUGUAGUGGAGAGUCUCAGAAACCAAUUAAAGAUUAACAGGGACUACUUUAGUAUGCUGGUGGUGGGUAAGGAUGGGGAUGUAAAAGCGUGGUUCCCAUCUCCAAUGUGGUCUCUGGCAACCAUCUAUGACCUUGUGGACUCUAUGGAAUUACGUCAACAGGAACAGAAACUGCAGCAAACUCUUGGAAUUUAUUGCCCAGAUGAGAAUGUUGGUUCUUACCAUGGUUAUACAGAAGAGACAGAGGACAGCUACUUGUACCACAGAUCUGAGGACUGAAAGACACCUAAACAAACCAACAUAAUAAAGACAUUAGAUGUGCAUUUAAUGAACACGGCAUGCAUUUGUACAUAUGUCAUCCCUAUGUCAUGUGAUACAGAAGUUUACCUCAUUCAUACAGUUAUAUUACUUGUUGUUGUUGCAUUUACAUAUGUUCAGUAAAAUGUCAAAUUCUCUUUAUAGCACCUGGCGGUGCACUUGUUAAUAUGCUACUUAUAAGUAAAACUGAAUGUGUCUAUCCUCCUGAGACCCGAGCAUGACUGCUGUGUGCAUUUUCCAAACAGUUUUCCUAAAAAUGGGGACAGUGGGACUAAGUUGUGAAAUUGUAAAUAAUACCAAACAAUAGAAAGUCCGAUUUGUUUAAAUCAAAUUGUUUAUUAUGUUUCCAGGAGUGUUUGUUAUUCAUGUUUUUGAGAUGUCACAGACAUUACAGCUGAUUUAAAGCUGCUUUGAAACAAUGUGUAUUGGGAA